AUGACGUCCAACGGCACCCAAGCGCGAAAGAGCACCUUCUAUGAUUCAGCCUACAAUGCCGAUUACUAUGACAUAUGGGCCGAAGAGAAUGGCAAGACACUCGAUCUCAAGGACGGUGUACCCGCUUAUCCGCCAGUCUUCAAGGAGCAGCUUUCUUCACGCUCCCCAAAACCUUCCGGUGGAGCUCCCUUCGCCGUCCUGGACGUCGGGACUGGCACCGGCCGUAUCCUCAUCGAUCUCGCCAAUGCUGGCGAACGCGAUGAACUCGAUCUCUCGAAUGUCCACUUUAUCGGCGUGGAUACAGAACAAGCAAUGCUGGACCGCGCAGAGAAAUCGCAGGCGACACUUGCCAGCAUGGCUCGGGUGGGGAAAAUCGUGUGGUCUUUAGGCAACGCCACGACUGUGGCAUCAUUACCAGCUCUCGAGAACUAUGCUGGAGGAAUUGACCUCCUUGUCUUUGCGGCCGGUAGCAUCAGCCAUCUCACCGGGCCUGAGGAGCCGCAACGAUUCUUUGCUCAGGCAGCCUCGCUUCUGCGCCCUGGCUCGGGCCGUGUGUACUUCCCCAUUAUGAAUGCUCUCAUCUCGAAUAGAUCUAUCUCCCAGGAACCAGUGGCUCCAAAGAGCGGGUCGAGAUUGCAACAAUUGGAGGAGUUCCCCAGCAAGACAUUCCCGAAUAUUACUUAUAAAAAGUUUCCGUUCGACGAUAUAAAGGUGGAGGGAAAUAUCAGGACCCACUACCAUAACUUCCAUGUUAUCCGCAAGCUGGAGUCUGGUGAAGAGGAGGUGGUUCAGAACGAUAGGGUGACAUUUUCGUUGCGGGCAUGGGAGGAGCCUGAACUUCUCGAAUGGACCAAGGACGCUGGAUUAGAAUUCGUCGAGACAUUUCAUGGGCAGCGUGACACCUCUUAUGUUUUCAAGCUAAAGGAAUGA